UUCGUUAUCAGGGUGUGGUAGUUUGGAUGGUGGCUUGAAUUGCACUGAACGUCAGUAUGAAGAAUAUUUGCUGUUUUUUAGUAAUUCCUCUCCUUUCAGAAUUGGUGUCUGGACAAUUGAAGAUUGCAACAGUACCAUCCUUAGAAGCCUAUUCUGAUGGAGACAUCAAGCUGCCUUGUAAUGCCAGUCUUAACAGGAAUGACAUUAAGCUGAUAUGGGUAACAUGGAGUCAGGCUACGAAGAAGGUUUAUGAAUAUGAUGGAUACAAUACAAAACGUAUUGUAGAAUUACAAGGAUAUAAUGUUAAUCUUACUCAAAUACAUAAAGGGGAUAUAGCCUUGACAAUAUCAAAUAAUACUUUAACAUCUGGAGUAUAUACAUUUACAUGUGAAGUAACAGAAGGCUCAUCUGAAGGCAGAGGAGAAACUGCACUAACAGUAAGAGAACCACCUCCAGAUUUGCCUGUUAAUGCAGCAAGGAAUGUCAAUGUCACAAAACUCCCAUAUGACCUGGCUUGCAAUGUAUCUAACCUGAGAUGGAACAAUGUGGAAACAAUGACUCUUACUUGGAAAGAAAAUGGAAUUGAACUGUGUUUCUUUAAUGGAUCCAAAAGUAAUAGUCAGUCAGAGAGAUGUCGCUGUGACAAGGAUAAUCCAUCGUAUUGCAUACUUAGAUUGAAUGAGAAGAAAUCGAAUGGUGAUUAUACCUGCAUUGUAACUGAAGGAAAGUCUACAGGACAGGCAACUAUGAAUGUGAAAUUUGAAGUUUCCGGUAACAUGAUGAUGAUCAUCAUCAUCAUCAUCAUCGUAGUUGGUCUUGGUGCUGUUGUUGUGAUAUUUUACAUAAAAUUUUAUUGCAGCAAACGAGAGCGCCAAAGUCUACCCUCAAAUAAAGAUACUGAAAACCACAAACCUGAAGAAAAUGUUUCUUUGAAAAAUAAAAAUACUGAAAACUAAAAACCUGAAGAAAGUGUUUUUUUGGAAAAAAACACUUGAAGAUAACAUAAGUAAAAAUCAUUUCAGCUACUCUGGCCCCCUAACCCUAAACUGGAUUAAGUGGGCUGGUUAUGAUGGAUGGAUGGAUGAACUUCACAGUUACAUACUAGAGAAACAUGAAGCAUAAUUGUAUUUUUAUAAUUUCAAUUUAUUCUGUGCUCUCACAUUUAUAAAGUUUUAGACCAUAUUUAUGUCUGUAUAAUAGCUAGUACUCUUGUCCUGUGGGAUUUUGCAGAGCAUUGUUUGUGUGUGUGUGUGUGUGUUAGCUUAUGAUGUGCUGCAAAUCGUGUUUAAUUGUAUUUUUUAUGAUCACAAUAGUGAUCUAAAAUGGUAAUAAGAUUUGAAAGAUAAUAGGCGAUGCCGAUAACUGAGAGCUAAAUAAAGCAUACAUGUCAUUGGCGACAUUGCUGCAUGUUUAUACCAAAAAAAAGAAGACUGGCUGCAUGGCAUAAUAAACUAAUUAAUGAAAGUAAAAGGGCACACUUUAGUUGUCCAUGUUACACCACUUGUCUAUUUAAGGGAACGUGACAGCAGUACUGUGUUUUUCAAAUGUUUACUCAGCCCUACAACAUUAUCAUUUGUCUGAGAGCUCAGAAAUUAUUUCAUUUAAUGACAUGUUGACUGGAGUAUCAUAAUUUAAUAGCCAGGACUCUUGUUCCUUGGGGUUCUUACUUGAUGUGUUUUAUUUUUAGCACCUGAUCAGUUCAAUAUGAAGUAGGUGUAAACAUGAAAAGUGUUUUAAAUCGGUAAUGAUGGACUGAACUUGUAUCUCCAUUAAAACAUUUUAGCUUAUCCUGUCAACUUUAUUGAGGGUUACCCCGGACUAAGAUUUGUUUUUAUCCAAAUGUGUUGCCAUCCGUAUUUGGCAGGAAUAAAAAACACCGAGCUUGAAUAUUAAAUGUUUAACUUUUGGCCUCUAAAUUUAGUCUCUGUAAAAAGGUAAUGAUUAUAAGUUUGUAAAAAUUGUUUUUGUUCACAUUUAAAUACUUUUUUGAAGAUUUAAAUUAUAAUCAAGUAGUGUACAUUGGAUCCAAAAGGUUUGCGUAUGUUAUGCUACAUGCAGGCUCAUACUUUGGUGCAUCACAGAUUUUGCUCGAGUAUGUUGCGUACCAGUGCUGCACUAAUUUAAACAAAAUUAAAAAUUUGCAAUGUUGUUUGUACUUGGGAUUUUGUUGUGUUGCCAGAGCAGCAGUAAUUAGAGAUCUGGCACAAUUGUAAGUAAAUAUAAACUGCACCUGUAGGUGGCAGGUAUGCGAAAAAAUUUUCUUUUAUUAACAUUUUCUGUAUUAAACAAGUUGUUCUUAAUGUCAUAGUUUUCAUUUUCAGUUGCUAACAAUUAUUUGCAAAGUUCAUUGGUCUAAAAUGCCUAUGUCUGGUUGUGCCUUUUUAAAUAUACAGUAACAUAUAUAAGAAAGUUCUAUUGGCUUGCAGUAGAAAAUGGAAUUAAUGUGUCAGUGUCACAGCUAAAGGAGAGGAAAUUGAGCAACUUUAAGACUUUUGAUUGGGUGGUGAUAGUUUUCAUGAAGAAGUAGCAUCAUUGUAAUUUAAUAUUCUUUUAGUUUCUGGAAAAAGCCUUGAAUUUGUAUGACUACUUCUGCGUAUUUUGAAAAAAGUUAGCAUUUUUAUUUUCUCUUCAAGCAGUUGUGAAAAUGUGUGUCCGAUAUUGAGGUGUGUUGUUAUUUCACACAGUGGAUAAAUUCCUCAGCAUUUCCAUUAUUUUCCAAUUUGUUUUAGUGGAGAGGAUUUUUACAGAUUCCUCCUAUAAAUAUAAAUCUCUUGAUCUUUUGAGGUUUGUGAAGUCUUACAUUACUGUGUACAUUAUAUUAUGUGAAGCACUUUGAGCUUCAUUUCAUUGUAUGAAAAUGUACUAUAGAAAUAAAAUGGUGUGUUCCAUUUGAACAAGAUAGCCCGUGGUGUAUUAGAAAUAUCAUCUUUGCUCAAGACCUUGGCCUCUUUAAUGUUUAUUAAUUUUUUUUUUGUCACUCACCAUACCUAUUAGCCUUGAAGUAGUCUUCUCAUGCUAUUUUACGAUUUUAAUUUUAAUCUAGUGGUAGGUAACCCUGCUUGUGUGUCUGCUGCUUAAAAUUAUUCUACAUUUUCUUCAUUUUAGUUUAAUCCUUCCUUCACUGUCUGAAGUACUAAUAGUGUAGUAGUGUUAUUUAUAUAUCUAUGAAAUUCAAUAAGAUGCUGAUUGUUUUAAUAUGUUGAGUCAAUUAUAAGACUUUAAGCCCGAAGUUACUAAGUCCAUAAAAUGGACAAAUGAAUACAGAUAAGAUAGGAUAAAACUUUAUUGAUAUUGAAGAGAAAAUUGAGACAUUACAGUAGCUCAGGAAAAACAACAAACAUUAAAGAAUUAAAGAGAAGUAAAGACUACAGAAUAAGUAAAUAUAGUUGUAUGUAAAAUAUGCACAUACCCACUAGCACAAGAGAUGUGCAAAAUGUACAUAAAUAUAUAUAAAAUAAGAUACGUAGACGUAUUAGCAAGGAGUACCAUGGUAUAAAAAUAGUAUGUUGAUAGGUGUGUUUAAAUAUUAAAAAAAAAAAAAAAGUGCAACCUGCUGCCCUUGGUCCUUAACUAGCAGUUAAGUUAACAAUGAGAUGCAAAUAAUAAGAGCUAACCAGCUAUCUCAGGGCCAUUUGCACUAAUCUGCCUGUCAUGAAGAAGCUGUUUAGUUAGAAACGAACUGCCGGGAGAGUCACAUAGAUCCUGAUCGAAAUCCAUAAGGUUGCAGAAUGACAGAAGGCUGUAGCAAUAUCACAGGUUAAUUGAUUGGCUAUAAAUUGUCCUGAGAUACAUGAAUGUCUGGGGGUGUAUACAGUAGACUGGGCCAGGCUUCAGACCCAACACUCAUCAAGACCCAAAACCUUCUUUAAGUAUACUGUAUUUAGAAUAUACUUGAAAUAAAGAAUUGCAUGGCAUACUCUGUGAAAAGCAAAACUGAAUUCUGAUUAAGAUGCUGGCACUCCAGCCCUGUACUUCAGAAAUAUCGCUGGUUACCAAUGCCCUAUUAUUAUCCAUGUAUAUGUUGAUUUUUUUUUUUUUUUAACCAAUUCUACCCAUUUGAAAAUUUUCUCACAGCCAGAGCUGGUCUUUGACGUCCUGGUUGUAUAGCAGCAUUCCAGUCACUCGAAAUGUGAACAUGGAAAAAAAACACACAGAAGGCAGCCGAGGUGUAAGUUUAACAAAUGUUCUGUAUUUACAUUUUUUCUGUCUUUAAGUCAAAAGCAAUAUAAUAUCUGUAAUGUGUAUUUUUGUUGAAGACGGAACUGUACCAUAGUGUUAGUGCUACUGUCUCAUAGCUCUGCGGACCAGUAUUUGAUGGCUAGGACAGUCUCUUGUCUGCUUGGAGUCAGCAUGUAGGAUUUUGUCCUGGACACAAUUUCUGCCACGUUUUAAACACAUGCGAUUUAAGGUUAUUGAUGAGCCAACAUAAUACAUACCCAUACUCACUCGGGCAGGGCUUAUGUGACUGACUGGCAUUCAUCUAGUGCUGGUGCCUGCCUUGUUCCUGAUGCUGCCAGUAUAAGCUCUGGCUUUUAACAAACUGUAAUGGACUAGGCAAAUUCGGAAAAUGGAUGAAUGAAAUUUAUUUGUAUAUUUUUAUUAAUAUUGUUUGAAUGCAAGAUAUUUUGUCUGUACUUUUAUUCAGCAAACCCAACCCUAUAAUUUUGUGUACAUUACUUUAUGUACGAUUUACUUCCAUAAUGUAUUCUAUGUGUAAAUAAUAAAUAAUGCUCUUGUCAGUAAAUGGCUUUAUUUAUACUUUUUAUUUGCAUAUACUGGGACUUUGUGUAAAGAUUAGUUUUGUGCUAAAUCAUUUAAGAGUGUAGAUUCUAAACCUUGCAAUGCCUACACUUCAAUUUUAACCUUUUUUCUGUGUUUGAAAAUAGUAAAAGAAUCUUAAAUUUACUCUGCUUUGGAAGAAACUUUGCAACUUUUUCUACAUUUCCCCAAAUUAAUGAGCAGCCAAAAUAAACAAACAUCCCAUAAUUUUAAGUCUUCUAAUAAAAGUUUUUACCCUGCCAUGUCUUUCAUGUAAUUUUUGACCCCAACCCAUACCUUAAACCUAAGGGCUCGUUUAUACUUCACGCUCAGGACACGUACGCGCAUGCAUCAUGGCUGCCACACAUUCCCAGUGUUCAUUUGACGCAUCCUUUGAGCUGGUCCUCAGAAAUUAACGCGACACGUGCACAAAUUGCAGUAACAGCAAAACGUCGGGGGGCGCAGUGUGAUAAAAGUCGAAACGUGACAUCAGAGUCUCUAUUUACUAUCUACAUGUGACACAAAGCCUCUAUGCGGAUCCUCCAGGAACGAUGUGUGUGCUUCGAUGUUUGAUGAAUGGUUUGAUGUGGUGAAGCAAAAUGCCAACAUACAGAUGUAUUUGUGGUGCUUUUAUAUUCAAGUGUCGCAUAUUCCCAAUCAUAAUGACAAGAUACAUUUUAAAAGUCUCACAUACCAUCUUCUGUGCCGUCUUUUUUUUCUGGGGCUUCCUCCUGACCUGACAGCAGCGGCAAACAGCAAUAGAUCACCACACAGAACACAUUAAAUGUAUGAUAUUCCAACUCUCUGCACAUUUAGACUCCUUAGAUUUAUACUUGAUAUCACUUUCAAAUGCAUUAAAGUACGUAUGUUACAUUUCACAGAUAAAUUGUUAAUUUCGUUUAAAUAAUGAAUGCUGUUAAUAAUUACACACAUGGGGGUGACACGGUGAAGGAGCGGUAGCACUGCUGUCUUGCAGGGAGUCUCGUCGCUGAUAUUCCCUGCCUGGAGUUUCCAUGUUUUCCUGCUGGGUUUCCUCAGUGUGCUCCAGUUUCCUUCCAAAGAUAUGCAGAUUUGGUGACACUAAAAUGAAACUAGUGUAUGUAAGUGCUUCACUUUGCAAUGAGCUGAUGCCUGUCGAAGGAUUGUUUCAUUGUUUCAGCCUCGUGCCCAAUGCUUGCUGGAAUGGACACAUCCCUGGAUUGAUGAAUUUAAUCAUUAAACAUCCUUUUCAGGGAUAUUGCGAUAAGGUGUAAUCGGAAUUUAAUGGGUGUUCCAGGCAAUUCACAACACAGCGAAGCCGAACCUGUUCUCACCGUUAUAAUAUCUCGCACUGCUACCUGGUGUAUUCUUCCAGAUUUACGUACGCGUGCAAGUAUAAACAGUAAAACGCUUGCGUAGCAGGAACAUCCACUGCAGCAUGCGUCGCAUGAAAUAUAAACCUGCACUAACCCUAAUUUCUUAAAAAAAAACAAACAAAAAAAACUUUCAGGUUAUUUUUGACCCUAAGCCUAACCCUAACCCUAAAGUGUUGACUUUAAUGGAUUUUCCACUGCAUUUAGAGUAGUUUUUCAUAAACCAUAAAAAGAAUCCUGAAGUGCCCUAACUUUACAAAAAGCAAAAAUAUUCACAUUUGCCCUAGGAUCAAAUAAAGUAUGUAUGUAUGUACGUAUGUACUCUAUCUUACUGUUUUACAUCCUAUAAAAACCCUCCUGAAUAUCAUCUGUUCUAAGACUAAGGGUCAUCACUUUUACAAGUUAAGAUGAUCAAUCAGUAUAAACUAAGUUUGGGGUGAAAAGUCUGACCUCCAGGGCACCUAAAAAAUGGUGUCAGAAGCGGGUCAAAAAAGACCUGGAAGGCACAGCAUUGAGUCCACACUCAAAAGCAUUGUAGGGAUGAUAUAGUGGCAGAAACAAACAGUAGAUGGCGACAUGGAAACAAAAUGAUCCAAAAUUGCUUCUCUAAGGAAUCUACCAAAUGUAUUGAGGUUGAGAUUUAAAAUACUGGCACAGUCAACAGCAACACAUGAAUAAAGAUAAACAAAUGUACAGCAGAAAUCAGGGUAGAACACACAAGUUAAAACACAAAAAUAUGACAAGAGACACUUUUUAAUCUGGUUACAACUGUUCUGCCUUCUGAUUUGAGGAAAAACUCCACAGACCAGUCCAAUGCUUCCUGAUGUGCCAGCAACAUUACAUUAAUCAACUGAAAUAAAAAUAUGUUCCUGUAUCUGUGCAGUAUUUUGUUUGAUUAGAAACUGACUUUAUCCUCAAGUUAUUCCUUUGAAUUCAAUGUCAAAGUGUUUAAAGGUGUGCUGUGUGUACAGGGAGGGGGCCACCAUGGAUCUUACAUCAUAGCUAAAUAAAUGUACAACAUCAUUGCAUUAGUAUUUUUAUGUUUCAUUUUUAAGAAUUGCAUUAGAUUUCAUUUAUCUGAAUGUAAUAUAUAUUGUAAUUAUUUUGACUGUAAUAAUGUCAUCAUGUUAGUAUUAUAGUAUCACUAUGUCAUCUGAUAAGGUGCAUCCCAUUGCUCCAGUUUAAUAAAGUUCAUUGAACAAA